UAAGAAUGUUCAAAAAUACGUGAAACAUUGUAUCAUCGUUAAUAAUUUAUUAUUAAAGCGUGCAUUUUGUAAAAAUAUGUUUCUUUUUGGAAUAUCAUCGCCGGUACUUUACGGUUCAAUCAAAUAUAUCUCUCGUUUGAUUUAAGAGGUUAUAUCGAAACAACGUCAAUCGAAUUUCAUGUCAGUGUCAAAGUGAUAUUUUCGAUUUUUAUCGAUAUACGUAGUAUACUAAGUCAUUGUUCUUUAAUUAUUUAUCAAUAAAUAUAAUGAGUAGUUCUACGGUCUUGAAAGUAUUAUCGACAUAAAAACAUAUACUUUGUAUUGAGUCGUGUGAUUAAAAUUCGUUUCGUUCAGUCGGUCUCAAGUUUCUGAUGACGGGAUUGAGUAUUAUGUGUUGUGUUUCCGACAUGGAAUGGAGAACAGUUGCAGUGACGAUAUUGGUAGUGACACUUUGUUUUUUUGCCAUACCUAUUCGCGUUGGCCCUGACAAUAAUAGUGAAGAUAUUAAGUUGUUCGAGAAUUAUGUCGCGCGGUAUAACAAGUCGUAUAAAAACAAUCCAAUCGAGUACAGUGACAGAUUCGAGCGAUUUCAGAGAUCUUUACGACAUAUCGAGAAAAUGAAUGAUUUACGAUCGUCGCAGAAAAGUGCUUUAUACGGACUUACGAAAUUUUCUGACAUGUCGGAAGAUGAAUUUCUACAGAAAACCCUUUAUUCUGAUCUAUCGGAAAGAGGAAAAAAGCACGUGAGCGCGAGUUAUCAUCGGGAACAUCGUAAGAGAAAAGAAAGGAAUCACUUAGAAAAAAGAGCUGCAGGAAUACCAUUGAAAGUAGAUUGGCGAGAGAAAGGUAUAAUUUCUCCUGUAAAGAAUCAAGGAUCCUGUGGUGCUUGUUGGGCCUUCAGUACUGUCGAGGUAGCUGAAUCGAUGUAUGCCAUAAAAAAUGGCAGUCUAUAUUUGCUAAGUGUACAAGAGAUGAUUGAUUGUGCAAGGAAUACUAAUCUCGGAUGCGAAGGUGGAGAUAUUUGUAGUUUGCUCGCGUGGUUGAAAUUAACGAAAUCGCCGAUAUUACCGGAAUCUAAUUAUCCGCUCACGCGAAUGACUGACAUGUGCAAACUAAAAGGAGCUAUCGCGAAAACGAAAGCAGGUAUCAAGGUGAUGGAUUUUACCUGCGACAGCUUUAUAGAUUCAGAAGAGGAGCUUCUGAUAACGUUGGCCACACACGGUCCUGUGGCUGCCGCGGUGAAUGCAUUAUCUUGGCAGAAUUAUUUAGGUGGUAUAAUACAGUAUCAUUGCGACGGUGCUUUUACCAGUUUGAAUCAUGCUGUACAAAUAGUAGGUUAUGAUAAAUCCGAUACUAUACCGUAUUAUAUUAUCAAAAAUUCAUGGGGACCAACGUUUGGUGAUAGAGGUUACAUAUACAUCGCUAUUGGCAGCAAUCUCUGCGGUAUCGCUAAUCAAGUUUCAACGCUGGAUAUCAUUUAUAAAUAAAGGAACGUAUAAUGAUGACGUUAGUUCAUGAUAACCAUACUUACAUGUAUGGUAUUUAUCGUUAACAAUUAGUUUUUAAUGUGCCUGACUAAUUUGUGAUUGAUUAUAAAGAAUAAAUUGAAAUAUAUUUAUCAUACGAAUAUAUUUGAUCAGUAUUUCUGAUCAGUCUUGGUAGAGGUCGCAGAGUUCAUAC